GACAUGCGCAGAUGUGAUUCGUUUUAGCUCCUCCCUUGAGAGUGACGUACGGAUGUGAGGCUUCAAUAUGCUUUCCUCUUUUAAACUGCGCCAUUCCCCUUGACUGUCAACAUGGCGAGUACCGUUGCAAACAAGUGUCUAAGUCCUCUGGCUUUCCUGACCAGGAGGUUAUCUGCUCCGGAGUUCAUCACUCAGUGCUGCUACCACCAGAAGGUGGUGGAUCAUUAUGAGAACCCAAGAAAUGUGGGCACAUUGGACAAACACUCUAAGAAUGUUGGGACUGGCCUGGUGGGCGCUCCAGCCUGUGGAGAUGUAAUGAAGCUCCAGAUUGAGGUGGAUGACCAGGGGAAGAUUGUGGAUGCCAGGUUUAAAACUUUUGGCUGCGGCUCUGCUAUUGCCUCCAGCUCUUUGGCCACCGAGUGGGUGAAGGGCAAAUCUGUGGAUGAAGCUUUGACAAUAAGGAACACUGACAUUGCCAAAGAGCUCUGUCUUCCACCUGUUAAACUGCACUGCUCCAUGCUUGCAGAGGAUGCUAUCAAGGCUGCCCUGGCUGACUAUCGCCUCAAGCAACAGGACGACCAGCAGGAGGCAGUCAGAGCCAGCAUUUAAACAGAGCCCUCACUCUGAGCUGGGCGCCACUGUUUGCUUCCUGCUGUCAAGAAGAGAAGUAGCAGAAGUCCAGCCUCCUCACUUUCCUGCAGUAUUGAUGAGGCACACCUAACACGUUGAUGACCAGUACACCAUUGUCAACCCUCUGUAGCAGUGUAACACCAGGAUUUCUGUAUUAGUCACAGUGGUCCUCUAAACCUGCGUACUGUACCUUUUUAGCCUGUCACAUAAACGCACAAUGGAAGCACUGUUGGUACAAAAAGAGGCUUAUUUUUAGAGAUUGUGUUCAAUUUGAAGAUUUUGUGCUUGGGGAGUGUUUAGUUUGAAAGAAGGUGUGAUGGUGAUAAUAAUUAAAGCUAAGAGCUGUAGUCUAUCUACACCCUAAGCACUGACCUUUGAUAUGCAAUUAAGCAAAGUGGCUUGAAACAAUGAAAGGGUCCAUUGGUUUUAAGUGUAAUUUAUGAUUAUUUAGUAAUGCUUACUUGACAGUCUGCAAUAAAAGUAUCCUGAAACCAAAA